CUCACGCAGCUUCCUGUUGAAGACGUGGCUCCGGUACUGCCAUAUUGUGCGGAGGACCGACAGAGGCCGAUCAGCAGGACAGGCCCAGUACCCGGCUGUAACUCCCGCAACCAUGGUGCUGCUCGCUGCCGCGGUGUGUACGAAGGCCGGUAAGGCCAUAGUGUCACGCCAGUUCGUGGAGAUGACCCGCACUCGCAUCGAAGGACUCUUGGCCGCUUUCCCAAAGUUAAUGAACACGGGCAAACAGCACACCUUCGUGGAGACGGAGAGCGUGCGCUAUGUCUACCAGCCCAUGGAGAAGCUCUACAUGGUCCUCAUCACCACCAAGAACAGCAACAUCCUAGAGGACCUCGAGACCCUCCGACUGUUCUCCAGAGUGAUCCCUGAAUACUGUAGAGCUUUGGAAGAAUCGGAGAUCUCUGACCACUGUUUUGAUAUUAUCUUUGCAUUUGAUGAAAUUGUGGCUCUUGGAUAUAGAGAAAAUGUUAACCUGGCCCAAAUCCGAACCUUCACUGAGAUGGACUCGCAUGAAGAGAAGGUCUUCAGAGCUGUCAGAGAGACCCAGGAACGAGAGGCGAAGGCCGAGAUGAGACGCAAAGCGAAAGAGUUGCAGCAGGCUAGAAGAGAUGCAGAGCGCCAGGGCAAGAAAGCUCCAGGGUUCGGAGGUUUUGGAAGUUCUGGCGGUUCCUCUAUAUCUAGCAAUGCUGCAGCAUUAAUCUCAGAGAACAUCAUAGAGCCAGAGAAGACCAAGUCUGCUCCUAUACCAACCAGGCCUUCUGGUGCUAACAAAGCCCUAAAACUUGGGGCCAAAGGAAAAGAAGUGGAUAACUUUGUGGACAAGCUGAAAUCAGAAGGAGAGACUAUUGUUACCCCGGCUGCUGGCAAGAGACCAUCUGACGCGGCAAAGGUCCUGCCGCCACCUGCCAAUGUAGAGAGCGUUCAUUUGAAGAUUGAAGAGAAAAUAUCCUUAACCUGCAGCAGGGAUGGUGGUCUGCAAAACAUGGAAGUCCAUGGUCUCAUCAUGCUUAGAGUGACUGAUGACAAGUUUGGAAGGAUCCGUGUGCAUGUUGAUAACGAGGACAAGAAAGGGGUACAGCUGCAGACUCAUCCAAACGUGGACAAAAAACUCUUCACCUCUGACUCCAUGAUCGGAUUGAAAAAUCCAGAAAAGUCCUUCCCCCUCAACAGUGACAUUGGUGUCUUAAAGUGGCGGCUACAGACGACAGAUGAGGCCUUGAUACCUCUGACCAUUAAUUGUUGGCCUUCAGAAAGUGGGAAUGGUUGUGAUGUAAAUAUAGAGUAUGAGCUGCAGGAGGACAAGCUGGACCUGAACGAUGUGGUUAUUACUAUCCCAUUGCCGCCCGGAGUCGGGGCUCCAGUGAUCAGAGACAUUGAUGGAGACUACCACCACGACAGUCGAAGGAAUACACUUGAGUGGACCCUGCCGGUUAUCGACUCCAAAAAUAAGACUGGAAGUCUGGAGUUCAGCAUUGCUGGCCAUCCCAACGAUUUCUUCCCAGUGACCGUGUCAUUUGUAUCCAAGAAAAACUACUGCAACCUACAGGUGACCAAAGUGACUCAGGUGGAGGGCAACAGCCCGGUGAGAUUUUCUAUCGAGACUUCGUUUCUUGUGGACAAAUAUGAAAUCCUGUAACCGGCUCCCGGAAUGAAGGGUCCACCCUGGAAAUCGUUUUCUUUCAAAUUUCUGAAUAGAAGCCUCUAAAGAGCUUUUCUCUACGCCUUGCACUUUUCAGGCGGCGUACAGAAAAUCCAGAUAAAGUUCUAUCCUGCAGAUCUUAUUCACUCCUUCCACGGCAAGGGGAACCCGUGUUUUUUUUUUUGUUCCAUGUACUAUUUUUAUUUCCUACUCGCAGAAGGGACAAUCCGUGAAAAUUGUCCGUGCAGGAAAAGCCUUCCUGCUCUCUCCCCAACACUGAGGGAUAAUUCUAUUUCAAAGAAGAAUAAUUUAUAUAUAUCUGUCCUGUUAGCAACAUGUUUCUUCUCAUUUUCUCUGGAAUAUUCAAAUUUUUAUGGCUUGGUUGUCAUUUAACCAAUUAUUAUAAUUUUUUUUUUUUUUUUGAAAGGCCAUCUUGAGGAUUUUUUUUGUGUGAGCAAAUAGAGGUUAGCGUGUGUAAUCCAUGAGAGGAUUGAUGGGACAUGUUUUAUUAUUAUAAUAUUUUUUUUUUGUAACCCUGUAUAAUUACAUAAAGAAUACACACAUUCCAUGAUGCAGAAAUACUGUUCUGUAACCCAAUAAAAAAA